GGGUUACUUACUGCAUCAAAACUUUGUCAGGGUAGAGCAUUCAACUUGUCCAACUUUGAUUUGUCCAAAUGGAAAUUAGGAAACCAAAAAAAAACCUACACCUGCAUCAAUGUUGAUGAAGGUUGAUCACAUCUUAAACCUAUUUCGCUAAGACAUCAAAAUUAAAUACUUAAAAAAGAAAUCCUAAAGAAUUGAUUGCCAUAUAUAUAUAUAUAUGUAAAAUUAUGUUGAAAGCACAAAUCUUAGGAAGUGAAGCACUGAAAGCCCUGAAAAGUUUCAUAGCUUUUUCAUCUCUCUAAUAGCGUACGCGUUUGUGCCCAUUCGCAAUGCAUAGAAUUGUAUUGCAAAGAGAAAUCAGAAGCAGAGCUUCCCACAAGGCUCUUUCUUGGUUCAGUUCUUCUAAUCUCUUUAGGUCUGUUCAUUCUUUACCUUUCGCAACUGUGGAAGCCGAAGGGAUAUCGGGUUCUCAACCUGCUGAAGUACAAAACUUGGUGCAAGGUAAAUGGACUGGAUCUGCAGCUUGGAACACACUUGUGGAUCCUCUGAAUGGAGAACCGUUCAUUAAAGUUGCAGAAGUUGAUGGAAAUGGAAUUCAGCCAUUUGUUGAGAGCUUGUCCAAGUGCCCAAAACAUGGUUUACACAAUCCAUUCAAAUCACCCGAGAGAUACUUGUUAUAUGGAGAUAUAUCUGCUAAGGCUGCAAACAUGCUUGCCUUGCCAAAGGUGUCCGAUUUCUUCACUAGGUUAAUACAAAGAGUUUCUCCUAAAAGUUAUCAACAGGCCUUCGGUGAAGUUUAUGUCACACAAAAGUUUCUUGAGAAUUUCUCUGGCGAUCAGGUUCGUUUUCUAGCAAGGUCUUUUGCAGUACCUGGGAAUCAUAUAGGACAGCAAAGCCAUGGAUACCGUUGGCCUUAUGGUCCGGUUGCUAUUAUUACUCCCUUCAAUUUCCCGCUUGAGAUUCCGGUACUUCAACUGAUGGGAGCACUCUAUAUGGGCAACAAACCUGUUCUUAAAGUUGAUAGCAAGGUAAGCAUCGUGAUGGAGCAAAUGAUGCGCCUGCUUCAUUAUUGUGGGUUACCAGCAGAAGAUGUGGACUUCAUAAAUUCUGAUGGAAAGACCAUGAACAAAGUACUGAUGGAGGCAAAUCCACGAAUGACCCUGUUUACCGGAAGCUCAAGAAUAGCAGAGAAAUUGGCUGUUGACCUGAAGGGUCGUGUGAAACUUGAAGAUGCAGGAUUUGAUUGGAAAAUUCUUGGUCCUGAUGUUGAAGAGGUCGAUUAUGUUGCUUGGGUAUGUGACCAGGAUGCUUAUGCAUGCAGUGGUCAAAAAUGCUCAGCUCAAUCAAUACUAUUCAUGCAUGAGAAUUGGUCAACGAGUUCACUCAUAUCUAAAAUAAAAGAUCUUGCUGAGAGAAGGAAGUUAGCAGAUUUAACUGUCGGUCCUGUCCUUACUGUCACAACUGAAGCAAUGUUGGAGCACAAAAAGAAAUUACUUCAAAUUUCAGGUUCGAAGUUACUUUUUGGCGGUGAACCCUUAGAAAAUCACUCAAUUCCAGCCAUUUAUGGUGCUAUAAAGCCAACUGCCAUAUACAUUCCUCUUGAAGAAAUUUUAAAGCCGACUAACUAUGAGCUUGUAACCAAAGAAAUUUUCGGGCCAUUUCAGAUUAUAACGGAUUAUAAGAAGGAUCAAUUACCAAUGGUAUUGGAUGCUUUGGAACGAAUGCAUGCACAUCUAACCGCUGCUGUUGUCUCAAAUGAUCCCUUCUUCUUGCAAGAUGUGAUCGGAAAAACGGUGAAUGGGACAACCUAUGCUGGAUUGAGAGCAAGGACUACUGGAGCUCCACAAAACCAUUGGUUUGGACCGGCUGGAGAUCCUAGAGGAGCAGGGAUCGGAACACCAGAAGCCAUAAAGCUUGUUUGGUCAUGUCACAGGGAAAUCAUAUAUGAUUUUGGUCCGGUGCCAAGGGGUUGGGAAAUUCCACCCUCAACUUGAGGAGUGUAUUCAAAAUCAUCCCUUGGGGUUUCAUUGAUGCUUUUGACAGGGCAGUUUGCAGCUUUAUAAAUAAAAAUGUGAGGGCAAUUUUUGUGGUUUUAGUCCUAGUUUUAGGGUAAUGAUACGAAUCUAAGAUAUCAGUAUGUGGCGGAGCUUUUUCGUAUAAUUAAAAGAUCGUGCAUGCACAUAGUUGAAUAUGUGUAGGACACGAAUACUUAAUAAAAUAAAAAUUUUGAACUUUA